CCGCUCUGUCUCCUCCCCGGCCAGCUCCCCGCCCCUCGCUCCCUGGGGCAAGCAGAAAAGGCGGAAGUGGGAACGUCCACUGCUGGGGCUCGGUCUCCGGGCGGACGAGGGAACUCAGCGGCGGCGGCGGCGGCGGCGGCUUUACGCUCAAGAGAUUGGCAUCCUGCCGGCUUGGCUCGGAGCAAGGUGACCGUCCUCUCCUGGCACCUUGGCUGAGCGGGGCCGUGCGGCCGGGUGGAGUCGGCGGCCCAGCAGACCGGAGGGAACAAUUGACAAUCACGUUACUAUGAGUCUGCUACAUUGUGAAAACAGCUGUGGAUCCAGCCAGUCUGAGAGCGACUGCUGUGCUGCCAUGGCUGCCAGCUCCUGUGGUGCUGCAGCGAAAGAUGACGGUGUGAGUGGAACUGCCAGCACAGGGAAUCUCUCCAGCUCUUUUAUGGAAGAGAUCCAGGGAUAUGAUGUGGAGUUUGACCCACCCCUGGAAAGCAAAUAUGAGUGCCCCAUCUGCUUGAUGGCGUUACGGGAAGCAGUGCAGACCCCCUGUGGUCAUAGGUUCUGCAAAGCCUGCAUCAUCAAGUCAAUAAGGGAUGCAGGUCACAAAUGUCCAGUUGACAAUGAAAUACUGCUAGAAAAUCAACUAUUCCCUGACAAUUUUGCAAAACGAGAGAUUCUUUCUCUGACGGUGAAGUGUCCAAAUGUAGGUUGUUUGCACAAGAUGGAACUGAGGCAUCUUGAGGAUCAUCAAGCACAUUGUGAAUUUGCUCUUAUGAAUUGUCCCCAGUGCCAACGUCCCUUCCAAAAAUGCCAACUUAAUAUUCACAUUCUCAAGGAGUGUCCGAGGAGACAGGUUUCUUGUGUAAACUGUGCUGUAUCUAUGGCAUUUGAAGAUAAAGAGAUUCAUGACCAGAACUGUCCUUUGGCAAAUGUCAUCUGUGAAUAUUGCAAUACGGUGCUCAUCAGAGAACAGAUGCCCAAUCAUUAUGACCUGGACUGUCCUACAGCCCCAGUUCCAUGCACAUUCAGUACUUUUGGCUGCCAUGAAAAGAUGCAGAGGAAUCACUUGGCACGCCACCUGCAAGAGAAUACCCAGUCGCACAUGAGAAUGAUGGCCCAGGCUCUUCAGGGUUUAAGCCUCGCAGUAGCUCCUGUACCUCAGCGUGAUAUGCUUCCCUAUGAUUCUUCCCCUUUGUCUCGGAUUUCCUCUGGCUGUUGCUCAGACCAGAAUUUCCAGGAAACCAUUCAGCAGUUAGAAGGUCGCCUUGUAAGACAGGACCAUCAAAUCCGGGAGCUAACUGCGAAAAUGGAAACUCAGAGCAUGUACGUAAGUGAGCUCAAACGAACUAUUCGAAGCCUUGAGGACAAAGUUGCAGAAAUAGAGGCACAGCAGUGCAAUGGGAUUUACAUCUGGAAGAUUGGCAACUUUGGGAUGCACUUGAAAUCUCAAGAGGAGGAGAAACCUGUUGUCAUUCACAGUCCUGGAUUCUACACAGGCAAACCUGGCUACAAACUGUGCAUGCGUCUGCACCUGCAGCUGCCCACGGCACAGCGCUGUGCCAACUACAUAUCCCUCUUUGUCCACACCAUGCAAGGAGAGUAUGACAGCCACCUCCCUUGGCCCUUCCAGGGAACGAUACGCCUUACAAUCCUCGACCAGUCUGAAGCGCCUAUCAGGCAAAACCAUGAAGAGAUAAUGGAUGCCAAACCAGAGCUGCUUGCCUUCCAGAGACCCACAAUCCCACGGAACCCCAAAGGUUUUGGCUAUGUGACUUUUAUGCAUCUGGACGCCCUAAGACAAAGAACCUUCAUCAAGGAUGACACUCUAUUAGUACGCUGUGAGGUCUCCACCCGCUUCGACAUGGGUAGUCUUCGGAGGGAGGGUUUUCAGCCACGAAGUACGGACUCGGGGACAUAGCAUCCCCGCCUUGUUUUUAAAAAAAAAACAAAAACUUAUCUGGGAGUUCCUGUUGUGGCUCAGUGGUAGCAAACCCAACUAGUAACCAUGAGGACUCAGGUUUGAUCCCUGGCCUCUCAGUGGGUUAAGGAUCCUGUGUUGCUGUGAGCUGUGGUGUAGGUUGCAGAUGCGGCUUGGAUCCCAAGUUGCUGUGGCUGUGCUGUAGGCCAACAGCCGUAGCUCCGAUUCAACCCCUAGCCUGGGAACUUCCAUGUGCCGCAGGUGCGGCCCUACAACACAAAAGCAAACAAACAACCCUCAUCUGGAAAAAACUGUGCCUUUACUUGCCCUGUACUCUACAGUAAUAUGCAAACAAAAAAAGCAGUGGGAAAGAUGCAGUACCCCUCAGUGAAUGUGAUUGGAGAGGUCGCUUACUACUUUCCUGUUAAAAAUACCCCAAAGUGAUUUUUUUCUUUGGAAUCUACAUGUCCCGUGCUUUUUCAAAACUGUCAUACCCGAAGUGCCUGUGGCAUACCGCAGCAGCUGUUUGUCCAAUAGGAUACCUCUUUGUUGUACUUUCCUGGGCUUUUGCUCCAGGGGGUGUUAUUAAACCUAGGGUCGGAGUAGUGAAGCUCAGACCUUUUAAUAAUAAUGGACAUCCCUUAAAAUUCCACGUAUUUUUAUAGUAUUAGAUGCAGUGUAUUUCAAGUUGAGAAUCACUACCGCCUUGUGCUGGUGCCAGCAGGAAGAAUGAUUACUCUCUUGAGUUGAGUUCUCAUUUUAUUUGACUUCCAAUUGAUUUCAGAGGAUUUGAACUGUAAUCCUUGGAAAGCUUAAGUUCUCAUUCACCCUGUUUUUCCCCCCAGGGUGUUCUUAAGGAUAUUUAGGGACUAGUUUAAACCCUAAACAUAACCUUACUUAUUCAGUGUGAAUGUGUUGUCUGUUGCAUAAUUCUUGUGUAAGUGUUUCUACCUUUGAUACUUAUUUCCUUGAGGCUACAAUGUAGCAUCUUCUCCAGAGUUCAGAACUCUGACAACCAUGUGGAAACCAGCUGCUGGGUGUUAUGCUCUGAAUCCGUUUUUGUCUAUUCCCGGCAGAGUGAAUUCCUGAGCCUUGGUAUGUUCUCUCUGUUGCUUAAAGCUAACAGGACAGGGAGAUGCACAAGCAUAAUCACCAACAUGAAAAAUAAAAGUGACCCAACUCGUCCACCGAUACGGCAGCUCAUGGAUGGUGACAAAGAAGCUAUUUGAGCCAGAAAUUUUCAGCGCUUUUGAACACCUUCUGGUUUAGUUCAGUUAAAUGGAAGAAAGUUGCUUUCCCAAAAGCAGAGUUUUUUAUUGCUUGGGAGAUUGUCGGUGUAUGUGAGAGGCCACCAAACCAGGGUUGGAAGCCCCAGUGGUUAUAUCAGGACUUUGCUGGAGUGAGUGGCUUUGGUCCAACAGUUCUUACCAGAGGAGGAUCAUGUAGAAUGUGAUAAAGUAGCUAAAUGUUCCUAAUAGGGAGAGAUUUUUGUGUGUGCACCAUUACAUGUUCAUUACAGCCUGUAGGUUUUAAAGAUGAUGCUGAAGUCUAGGUAUUAAGGGAGUCCCACACUGGUGUUGGCUCCUGAGAGGACCCACACAGCAUGCCGUUUACACAAGACUGUUUGAAGCUGUCUGCACCUCCAGAGAGGCCAGAUCAGCCCCCUGACCAGUGUUCAGGCUCAGCCUUCAUUUCAAGAGGAAACCAAGAGAUUGCGGAGAAUGGUUUCAGUUCAGGCAGACCGAGCAGGUGUCCCUUUACUCUUCUCUCUUCCCUCCCUCCCACCCCACACGGAGGCUCCUGCUCUGGUGGGUUUAUGUUAUAAAGUGAAGAAAAGUCAUACAGAGAUCCUGUUCCCACUGCCACCACCGUGGCCCCUGCCCAUCACUAGUCCACAGUUUGCCUGCUGGUAGUUUGUGUUCCAUGGCUCCUGAGCUCUCCAGCCGGCUCCUGACAAUCACUCGGCACAGCCCUCUGGGUGGGGGAGCCGGCACCGCUGCUGUUUCUGUGGCUGUUUUCCAAUAAGUAGACAAUUAUUGAGUUCUAGGUAAAAAACAGCGAUUAUUCUUACUGCAUAUAAAAGGCCUGUAUGAGUUCCCUGGUGGUCUAGUGGCUAAGGAUUCGGCCUUGUCACUGGUGUGGCUCAGGUUUGAUCCCUGGCCCGGGAACUUCCACAUGCCACAGGUGCAGCCAAAAAAAAAAAAAAGAGCCUGAAGAAAACAUGUCCUUUUCUCAGAGAAAAAUGUUGCCGCAAAAUAUUCAAUCCUAGCAAAGAAGGAAAUAAUAUUUACAAGCUUCCUGGUCAAAUUUCUGUUAAAGACAUGGCUGUACAUUAGGUACUGAGGUGAGUCAUUUCCUGCUUCGGUUUUUUUUUUUUUUUUCUACUAACUCAGGAGCCUUAAUCCAAACCAAAAGAGUUUUUUGCUCCACUUCAACUUUUCCUAGCUUCAGUUUUCCCAUCUAUAAAAUAAAGGAGUUGGAUUAAAUGUUUCUUAUGUGCACAGGAACCAUAAAAUUCUGUUUUCAAAUGAAAUUCUAACCAGCAAAAUGUUGACAAUAUUUACAAAAGUGUACAGUAGAAAAAUUGUUUUAACUUAUUUUUUUGCUGACAUAGUGCCUUACUUCAAUCUAUUGUCAAUUUAGGGUCUCCUCUUAAUUUGAACAAGCAGUCUUUUUACCCCCAAUAUUUGUAUUAAACCUGCCACUUAUUUUAUAUUGGUUGUUCAUUGUGAAUAUGGUGGAAUAAAAGUAAUGGUCAAACUGUCUUUGCAGAUAGGAACUUCUGUUGACUUCAACUCAGACUCAGGUCUUAGCUGGAAAGUGGGUCUCUUCCUUACACUCUUCAAGCCUCCUGCCCCACUCUGAAACAUGCUGGUUUCACCCAGUUGGCUCACAAGUUUGGGGGCUGCAGGUUUAUAUUUUGUUUACCUUUUAACAUUUUUCUUAGGACAUUGCUAAAUUAAAAGGAAAUUGUUUCCUCUUUUCCCAGAGGUGUCCAACCCAAAGUUGUAUGGAACUUGCUGCAGAUCAUACCCCUUUGCUAUUGGAGAACAAGUCAGGAUGUUGAUUGGUAGGUUGGUAGUUUUUAUUAUCCUUUGUUUAUUGCAGUAAUGACAGUUUCUGGGUAUAUGACAAAAUGAUUCAACUUUUAUUGGAGGGAGAAAAAAUAGAAUAGGAAAAGGUAAAAUAGAAUGAAAAGUGAUUUUUUGCCCCCAAUGAUGGACCGUAGCAGAAAUGUUGGAUGGUCUUUGGCAGUUAAUUUUUGUGGCAGGUAUAAAAUUGUCCUCCAUUACUGUUUUUAUACCAUAUAUCUUAGGUAAACUAAGCAUGUUUAUGAAUUAUGCAUGCAAUUAGAAAACAUUUUUAAUUAUUAGAGUUUUCUAACUUAAGGCUUUAAAAUACUUUUCCUUUAUUCAGUUACUGCUGCUCUUUUCCUGUUUUGCCUGUUAAAUUCUCAUUGCUUUAAGUGAAAUACCAUCAGGGUUUUUUUGUGAUGCCUAUUUGCAUAGACCCUAAAGAGUGCAGUGCCUUAAGGAAACGAAAAAGGGACAAUAAAUAGUUAUUUGUGUUUUUCCUUUGAAAUGCUUUCUUUAAAAAAUUGCCAAGUGCAUGUGAUAAGCUGUACUUAGCUUCACAGUUGCUAUCUUUGAGUCUGCAGAAAGGAGUUGUUCCACUCUAGCCCUGAAGAGAACCCAGCUCUGGGCAGCAGGGGCAAGGUCUGUCCGCACUGAAACCCCAGACUUAGCCCAAUGCCUGGCGCACACUCAAAUACUAUUAAUGCACAUUUAGUGAAAAUACUGGUUGUAGCACACCACUUUUUGGCAGGUUAUUAUCAUGUAAGUUUUAGGUGGUAAGGAAUACAUUUUCUUUUUGCUUUUUCCCCCUAGCACUUUACUGUGAAAAUUUUCAAACAUGCAGAAUUGUUGAAAGAAUUAUAUGGUGACCAUCCACUACCUAGAAUCUUAUAAAUAACAUUUUGUUACAUUUGCCUUAUUUAAGAGAGACUGCUUUUUAAAAGUUUUAUUGAAGUGUAGUUGAUUUACAAUGUUGUAUUGAUUUCUGCUGUACAGCAAGGUGAUUCAGUUAUACAUAUGCAUAUAUUCUUAUUCAUAUCCUUUUCCAUUAUGGUCUAUUGUAGGAUAUCAAAUAUAGUUCCCUGUGUUAUACAGUAGGACCUUGUUGUUUUUAAGAAAGUAUAUACUACUUUAAAGAAACUUCAUCAGCUUUGGUUUCUCUUUAAAAAUCACACUGCUAAGAUAAUUGAACAGCUUUAAACAAGUAGUCUUAAACUCUGGGGAAACCUGUGAUGUUUGCAUUAUAGCUGAAAUUGUGGUCCUUACUUUAAGCUAGUUUUAAACUCUGUCACGCUGAAUUUCAGUCUUAAUGUAUUUUGCCUGAAGGGAUUUUUUUUUUAUAAUAGAAUUAUUUGAAAGUCUUUGAUCAGUUGUGCAAAAUAUUCUAAUGUUAUUUUCACACUUGAUAAAUUAUCCAAUUAAUUUCUCUGGUGAGAAUGUAAUUUUGGGCCCAUUUUGCAUAAACAAGGUUCCAGGAUUAUGUUCCCAGAGGACUUGAAGAGGCAGGGUAAUUUAGUGUGUAAACCACUCAGUUAGGAGCUAGGAGAUGUAGACUUUAUUCCCGACUGACCAUUGGCAGAUCACUUCUCUUUGCGUCCAUUUAUCUAUUUGUAAAGUUAGGACUAGAAUUUGAAAUUUGAUAUUAUUAAGUAAUGGGUAGCGUUUAUUAGUGCUUAGGUCUUUUAAGAAAGACACUUUAUUUAAAGAAUAUAUAUACUUUAUGUCUAACUGCAUGACAAGCUAUGGAAUGAACUCUGACUUCUGAAAAAUUAAAGCACAGGCAGUGGUCAAAGCAUCUUAGCAAAAAGCUUGCUGUUGAGUUCCUGUUGCAGCUCGGUAGGUUAAGAACCUGACAUAAUAUCCGUGAGGAUGCAGGUUUGGUCCCUGACCUCGUUCGGUGGGUUUAGAAUCCAGCGUUGUGGUGUAGGUCACAGACGGCUCAGACCCUGCGUUGCUGUGACUGUGGCAUAGGUUCGCAGCUGUGGCUCUGAUUUGAUCCCCAGCCUGGGAUCUAUGCCACGGUGCGGCCCUAAAAAGACAAAAAAUUUGCUGUUGCUUAAAGCUUACUAGUGCCACAGAAUUUGUGAGUGGUUUUCCUAACCCAUCUGGACUCUGAAAUACUGUGUUUUGUGAAGGGGUGAAUGAAAAGGGGAAGGAGGUAGACAUUUAUCCUACAAAGACUGAAAAUCAAUGUUCAGUUUAAGAACAGGCUGUGUGAAAGGGUGGGGAAGCCAUCCUGACUUAACUGCCACACACCCUGCCCUGCUCCCCGACCCCCACCACGCACAGCAUGGAACAGCCCUGCUUCUGCCAGCUCAGCCAUGGGCUGUCUCCGUCAGGUCCAUACAGUUGAAUUGCAGGGUCAACCAAGGGCUAAACAGGGUCUCUGUGCUCCAUGUAGUCGAUCAGGUGCCUUGUUUCUAAACCCGUGUGAUGAAUGUAGGUUCACGUUUAUCUCUCAAAGGCAUGAGUUUUUAACCUUAGACCACAUCUUGGUUGCAAGGAUAUGAUCCAAACCGUGUUCCCUGAUUGGCACCUCGUUGAAUAUUAACUUAGAAGAAAACACAUGCCAGACUGACAUGCCUACCCCUCCUGUUGGUUGUUGAUACUUUCUUAGCCUCUACAUUACACCAGUAUCUUUACCCCACAAGUACUCUAAAUAAAAUGAAAUACGGAUAUUUC